UUGUGGUCAUCACAGAAUUGAGUUCAGUCCAUCCUUCAAUACCAGUCUCCCACCUGUCGAGAGAGAUUUCCGACACAUUUAUUGUCAGCUUUCUUCACAAAAAGACUGCAAUUUUGAUGACUGCACAGUUUAAUGAUCACAUGUUGAUUUCCCUUUAUCUGCUAUGUAUGCAGUCAAGAAACACUUACUAAGAACUUAAGAAGGUCAAGUUACCACAUGACCAGCAGAAACCACAACUAGCACAUUGCCUUUAUGUCUAUGUUUUAAGAAAUAUUUUUCCCUAAAAUACUUAUUUUAAAAACUGCAUGCAUAUUAGUAUUUACUGAUGGUAGGUGCUGUACUUACGUGCAAUUAUUUGUCUGAAAAAUUAAAAGUAGAUUGUGAAAUUAUCUCUGAAAGAAAAGAUCAGUGGGGGGAAAAAAUAUAUGAUACAGCACUUUUUGACAAACACACCCUACUGGUUCCUCACAUCGGUCAUUGCAUCUCUGGUGAUGUUCAUUUUGUCAAUGCUCACCUGUUUCUUUCUAUUUUAGGAUAAAUCCAUCCAGAUAUGAUAUACUUUGGAUCUUUGCUUCUCUUUCUAAUCGGCCUUACUGCAUCACACCUGAAUAAACCACCCGUGUUUGCCAAACUGGGGGAAAUCGUUAAUAUGUCUUGCUUUUACCAAAGCCAAAUGGCCAUGCACUUCUCAUGGUACAAGCAUAAACUUGGAGAGAAUCCCAGGCUCAUCUCCACCAUUUACAAGUAUGAAAACAAAGCCCGGUUUUACCAUGAUUUCCAGAAUAGUUCACGCUUCUCUUUGCUGAAUGACAAGGGUUUGCAUCAUUUGGUGAUAAGAAACAUACAGCUCUCAGACUCUGCUACAUACUACUGUGGAAGUGCUUAUUCCAAUGUAAUGGAAUUUGUCGGAGGAACAGAAUUGAUAGUUGAAGGGUUGAAAAGCCAGACUGAUAUAAAACAACCUGCUUUAAUUCCAUCACAUCAUGGAGAUUCAGUGAGUCUUAACUGCACGGUCCUAAAUAAGAAAUGUGUGGGGAACAACAGUGUGUACUGGAUCAUAAAGGAAUCAGAAGAAUCUCACCAAACAUUCGUUGCUGCACAUGGAACGAGUAUGGGUCAUUGUGAGUUGAGCUCCAAAGCUGAUUUUAGAGCCUAUAGAUGCAUUUACAGCUUCUCUAGGAAAGACCUCAAACUUUUUGAUUCUGGGACUUACAACUGCACUGUUGCUGCAUGUGGGGAGAUGCUGUUUUGGAAUGACACCAAACUGGACAUUAUAGGUGCUGAUUUAGCAGAACAGAUGAUGACUUUUGUAAUUCUUUCCAUUGUUAGAACAUUCCUUCUUUUAAUUACUGUUGCCACAAUUACUUUUUGGUACUGCAUCAAUUCAAAAAGAAAUUCAAAAGAUGGCUGCUCUCCAGCUGCCAUUGCUUUCUAAGAUAGACAGUCCCAACCAGAAGGAAGACCAGGUCUGUUGAAGAAAUCAGCUUCUGAUCAUCCAUAAUAUGUAACAAAACAUGAUAAACAAAGACAUAAU